AUGGAGACUGGAGAUGAGAUCAAUGUCAGGAGAAUUAAGGUAUAUGCUACGAUUAGGAGAGUGGGUCAGAGGAUGCAGGUUGAGGAAAUAUUGAGCACCAAUGAUAUGGAGGCAAUCUAAACUGGUAUGAUUUUUCCAGAUGGUAUAAAAAUCUAACCCUCUGAACAGCAGACUGUAAGCUGCAGUGGUUAUGGUGACCUAUUAACAUCACCUCAACUUAACUUGCUUUUAGUUGUAAAAAUAAGUUGAAACUAUAAACGUCCCUCCUGCAUUGUGGUGUAACUGUCUUCUGUCUCCUUUCCUGUCCUAGAUGAGUUCGGGAUGGGAUAUACUAUCUCAGGCUGUCUUGCUAGCUGCCUGCUUUCAUCUCGUGACGUCAAUGGAGAGAUUGUCUUUUAUUCUCCAUACAAUGUUUGUCUCUCUGCUCGCAAGGUAAAAUAAAAAUAGCCAUCAGUUGUAGAUUCCUACUUACACAUGCAGAUCACUGAGCACUAGACGUUGGUGUCUCUCGUAGUGGGAUAUAAAGUUUAAAUUAAACCCAAAACUGUUCUAUUCAAGGUUCCCUGGCUCUACAGAAAGCCCUCCAAUUAAAUUUGGGGGAUGAAAAAAAAAUGUACUCUGUAGAAUUCCAUAAACUAAAUAAUUAUUUUUUUUUUCCUAGUAUUUUUUUUAUGCACAGAUGAAAUAUACAUAUACAAUAUUUAACCCCAUAAGGACUGAUCUGAAUCUACACUUUUUGAUCAAAAUAAAACGUAAACAAAACUUGGAAUUUGACGGUCUGUUCAACCAUAAUUCACCUCUUUCAUAUUAAGUGCACCUACACUUAUUAUAUAUCAUUUUAUUCAGGAGAAAUAGGACUUUCAUUUACCAUAAAAUAUUUAGCUAUGAAACAUAAUUUAAUAUGAAUAAAAUGUAAAAAGAAUGUGAGAAAUUUUUUUUUUUUUUUUUUAGUUCUGCACGACAUUUUAACUGUGAAUGUCAUAAUACUGUUUGCUUUUACUGCAAUAAAACACACAUAUUUGUAUUCAGCGAUGUCUCACGUGUAAAACCGUACCUCCUAUAUACAGGUUUUAUGGUGUUUUGGAAAGUUACAGGGUCAUAGCAUGUUACAUUUUUCAGUUUUUUCACAUGGAAAUUCACCAGAUUGGUUACGAUGCCUUUGAGACCAUAUGGUAGCCCAGGAAUGAGAACUAGUCCCAUGAUGGCCUAUUAUUUGCAAAAGUAGACAACCCAAGUUAUUGCAAAUGGGGUAUGUCCAGUCUUUUUUAGUAGCCACUUGGUCACAAACACUGGCCAAAGUUAGCGUUAAUAUUUGUGUGUGGGGGGAAAAUGCAAAAAACUAAUUUGAACGCCAAUUUUGGCCAGUGUUUGUGACGAAGUGGCUACUAAAAGACUGGACAUUCCCCAUUUGUAAUACCUCGGGUUGUCUACUUUUGCAAAUGGUAUGCUGUUAUGGGGGUAAUUCUCAUUCCUGGGCUACCAUACGAUCUCAAAGGCAACGUAACUAAUAUGGCGAAUUUCAAUGUGAAAAAACUGAAACACAAGCCUUAUAUUUGACUCUGUAACUUUUAAAAACUCCAUAAAACCUGUACAUGGUGGGUACGGUUAUACUCAGGAUACUUCUCUAAACACAAAUAUUAGUGUUUCAAAACUGUAAAAUGUAUCGCAACAAUUGUACCGUCAGUGUAGGUGCCGUUUGUGAAAAAUGCAACAAAGUCACUUUCACUGAUAUCGUUGUAAUGCAUUUUACUGUUUUGAAACCCUAAUAUUUGUGUUCAUCGAAGUCUCCCGAGUAAAACAGUACCCCCCAUGUACAGGUUUUAUGGUGUUUUGGAAAAUUACAGGGUUAAAUAUAGUGCUAGCAAAUUAAAUUCUCUGGACUUUCUGCCUGGAUUAUCAGGCUGGUCCCACAAAUUGUAAUUAAUAAAAUGACUUAAUUAUGUAAAAAUAUUACAUAAAUAUAUACGUAGAAUUAAAAUGGAAAAAUAAAUAAAAAUAAAAUAAAAAUAUGUAUGUGUAUGUAUGUGUGUGUAUUUGUGUAAGGGGCAAUUAGCCAUAUAUGGAGUGAGGUUCAAGUGAGAACGUAGGAUAGAAUAAAAGAGCAAAGUCGGUUGUGGUGUGCCAAUACGGUAGGCCUGUAAAUAAAGAGGGCCCACCAAGAAGAAAUAAAAGUAAGAUAGAAUUGAAAAGAAAGUGUUGUAAAGAGGAGCGGGUGGCAGGGUCAUUCAGGCGCUGACCUUGAACGGUGUGGAGUCAGGUAAGGGUUGUACUUUAUAUAGGGGAGUGAAUUAAUUUAAGCCCCUCCCACAAAUACAGGCCAAAGGGCCUUAAUACUUGUGUAAGGGGCAAUUAGCCGUAUAUGGAGUGAGGUUCAAGUGAGAACGUAGGAUAGAAUAAAAGAGCAAAGUCGGUUGUGGUGUGCCGAUACGACGAUACGGUAGGCCUGUAAAUAAAGAGGGCAAAAAUUGAAUAACCAAAGAUUUAAUACAGUCAACAAUUCUAUACAAUUAUCCAGACAUUCCUUUAAAAGCAUUUCUUAAGUCUUGUGUAGGUUUUGGUAUGUAGGUUGUGUAGGCGGAUGACUAUUUUUAUGUAUAUAGAUAUAUUAUUACGUUCUAAGUGUAUUUUGAUAUCAAAUUACAUAUAUAUAUAGUGCAUUGAUACAAUAGGGUACAAUAAAAUACAACAACAUUAAUACACAAUAUAUACAAAAUUUAAUAUAGAACAAGUAGGAAAUAUAUAAUUAACCAUGACAGGUGCAUUCUGUUUUGAGGUAUGUAGAGAGGGAUCUCUUAAAGGACUUUAGGCUUGGGGAAGAUUUUAAAGUGUGCGGGAGGUUGUUCCAUAAAUGUGGUGCUCUGUAGGAAAAAGGGGGAUCGGGCUGCUUUCUUUUUGUAUUGAGGUAGACUAAAUAAAGUGCUAGUACUGGAUCAGAGGUUAUAGGAGGUGGGAACAGUUGGAGAGAGCAUUCUGCUCAGGUAGGGCGGGAGCUUCCCAGAAAAGCUUAGACACAAGGCUGGAAAGAUGAAGGGUGCGUCUGGAUUCCAGCGACAGCCAGUUUAGUUCUUUUAGCAUGUCACAAUGGUGGGCCCUGUAAUUACAUUGUAACACAAAUCGGCAGAAUGAGUUAUACAAUGUAUUAAAUUUAUUAAUUUGGGAUUGCAGUGCAGGUGCAUAUACUACAUCCCCAUAAUCAAUAACUGGCAUCAGCAUUUGCUGUACAAUCUUUUCCUUUACUGUAGGGCUUAGGCAGGAUUUGUUUCUGUACAGGGCACCUAGUUUUGUGUGUGUGUGUGUGUUUUGUUUUUUUAACUGUGUUUUAACUUUAUUUUACUUUAUUUCUUGCACCAGGGGGACUGCCUGUCCUUUCAGGCACUCCCCCUGCUGGCACUGCUAUGGCUAUUCCGUCCAUGUGAUCAUUAUGUCCUCACAAGGACCUCGCGAUCACAUGGCCCAGGAGGGCCGGAUCAGCAGCAGGGGGACUCCCUGGGAUGUGAUUGUCAGUAAGCAGGUAAGUUCCCUUGAUUGCGUGGACACGCUAUGUCGCCCGCUGGCAUUUAAGCCGGGUCCCCAAGGACGGCAUAGCACGACUGCCGUCCUUAGGAAGUUAAGCAAGGAUAAUCCUCUAUGCAUAGUUUACUUUGUUGCAAAUCCACUUUUGUAAUUCAAACUAGAAAAAAAACAUUCUUGGGCAACAAGCAAAAAACAGAUCAAAAAAACUAAAACUCUGAAAAGCAAAAAAGCUUUGCCGAAUUAUGCUAUCAGAAUGUCUUUGAAGGGACACUAUAGGCACCCAGACCACUUCAGCUCAUUGAAGUUGUUUGGGUGCAGUGUCCCAGCAUCCUUAACCUUGGAAAGGUAGUUAUUGCAGUUUCUAAUCGACUGCAAUAAUUACCUUUAUGAGUUAACUCCUCCAGUUGAUGUCUACUAGACAUCCACUAGAGCAGGGGUUCGCAACCCAGUCCUCCAUGACCUCCACAGGAAUUACCUGUGUGUGUCUAAGGUUUUUUUUUUUUUUCUAAACAAUUUAGACACACCCAGGUAAUCCCUAAUUCCUGGACUGGUAAGGGGCCCUUGAGGACUGAGUGACUUCGGGAUCGUUUGGCGACUUUUGGUCGCCAGACGCAGCAUGAGGACUUCCAAUGUCACCAGAAUCCCCUUUGGAAAGCAUUAAAUAAUGCUUUUCUAUUGGGAAAUCAUAAUGAAAGUGCGGCCAUUACUGGCAGUGGAGGCGGGAAAGGAGUGGCGGUCGGACCCGAGCUAGCGCUGAGGGACAUUGGUGCUGGACCCAGGUAUGUUACUCAAGGUGUUUUUUGUUGUUGUUUUUUCUUUUUUUUACGGGGUUCAUGGAUUACAGGAUAAAACUUACCAGGAAAGGUUGAAGGAUCUUAACAUGUAUAGCUUGGAGGAAAGAAGAGACAGGGGGGAUAUGAUAGAAACAUUUAAAUAAAUAAAGGGAAUCAACACAGAAAAGGAAGAGCACUAUACUUAAAAGAAAAACUAUCACAACAAGAGGACAUAGUCUUAAAUUAGAGGGGCAGAGGUUUAAAAAUAUCAGGAAGUAUUACUUUACUGAGAGGGUAGUGGGUGCAUGGAAUAGCCUUCCAGCUGAAGUGGUAAAGGUUAACACCGUAAAUGAGAUUAAGCAUGCGUGGGAUAUGCAUAAAGCUAUCCUAACUAUAAGAUAAGGCCAGGGACCUAAUGAAAGUAUUGAGAAAAUUGGGCAGACCAGAUGGGCCGAAUGAUUCUUAUCUUCCGUCACAUUCUAUGUUUCUAUAGAGCCAGGAAACCAGCUUUGUUUCCCUUUAAAUCUGGAAAUGUAUUCAAAUUGGCACAUCUAAUCAUAUCCAUAGUUUAUCUUCUGUACAUUGUCGCAGUUCUAUACUUGUUUUCUUAGGUGCCUCAUGCAUACUGUUAUAAACGUACUCCAGAAUUUUAUUCUUUAAUGAAGAGAUGAAAGUAUAACUUUGGAACAAUUUCAGCAAAGUGCACCAAUUUCCUCCAUUGCAAGACAGAAAUUUUACAGCUUAAUCAACUAAUUGGAAAUCUCAGAAAUCUAAGCUCUUUUCCAUUCCAUAAAAUAAAUAAAUAAAACAUAAAAAAGCUAUGCAAAGUGAGUGACAAUCCUCAGCUAUGAGAUUCUUUGUAACUAAACUCUUCAUGACACUUUUCAAACAAAGGAUAAAACCUUUAAUUUACCUUAAAGGGACACUAUAGUCAUUUAAUGAAGCAGUUUUGUCUAUAGAUCAUGCCCCAUCAGUCUCACUGCAAAAUUCCAUGCUAUGAGUUAAAUCACUUUGUUUAUGCACCACCUAGUCACACCUCCAUGCAUGUGACUUACACAGCCUUCCUAAACACUUCCUGUAAAGUCAUCGAAUGUUUACGCUUCCUCUAUUGAAAAUUAUUUAAUUUAGAUUCUCUAUUCUCCUGCUCUGUUAAUAGCUUGCUUAACCUCCUUUAUGUAAUUAAAGUAAAAUUUACAGAGCAGGAGAUGGUUUAUUUAUGUAUUCAUUUCUAAAUCCGUUACAUCGCAUUGAAAAUGAAACAAUUUUGUUUGCAUGCAGUCUGUGUCAGUCAAAGCCAGGGGAGAUGUGGCUAGGGCUGCAUAAACACAAACAAAAGUGAUUUAACUCCUAAAUAAUGACUUAAGCAGUGAAACCUCAGAGGCAUGGUCUUUACACCCAAACUGCUUCAUUAAGCUAAAGUUGUUUUGCUGACUAAAGUGUCUCUAUAAAAGAACACUAUAUAUAUAUAUAUAUAUAUAUAUAUAUAAUAUAUUAUAGCAUUAAGAAUACAACUAUGUAUAUGUAAGGCUGUGGAGUUACCCUACUUAUUUUGGUAUCCAGCCCACUUGUAAGGUUUUAAAGCUGGAGUUUAACUUCCCUUUAUUCCCUUGCCGUGCUGGUCUUGCUGUGGCUGCUCUGAUAUUGUGGAUGAGUUCAUGGAGAUCGAUGAUCUCAGCCAAUCCAACACUUCCCAGUAGUGAAGCAUUGGGAGUCUAGUGUGCAUGUGCGGCAAUUCGCCAUGCUGUGCCCUCAUCUUUAGGAGUAGCAUGUGAUUGAGAACAGUCUGACACCAAUUCAGGAGUAGAAGGGAGGAGGGCUAACUGGGCAUAAGCCGGAUUCCUCAAUGUCAAGCCUUCAUUAUGCUUACAGGCCGGUUACUUUUCCUGCCUGCAGUUAGACUAGGUCUUAAUACAAAUGUGAUCAGAGGGUUCAAGUCACAUUAAAAUUGAGACUUGUUUCCAGCCAGAGGACUGCAUUCAAGGUAUGCAAAGUCAAAAAAUUGUCGCAAUAACAUGGAUGGAGAAGCUAAGGCGAUACAAGUCAGUCCAUCUCGGCUGUCAGGCCCUACCCAGAUCUAAAUUACUUUAUUUUCUCCAACAACUUGUAUAAAUUGCUUUCCAUCAGUCACGAAGUUUUACAAAAAUACAUUUGGUGUAACUAGAGAAUUAAGUCUUCAUACAUAAAAUAGUUUAAACUAUUACGUUAUUUUGUGUGUGUGUGUGGUGUCCCCUUACAGGAUAUAAAUGGUCUUAGAAAUUAUCUAACCCCAGGUGUGUGUGUUACUAAUGUUUAACUAGGAAGAAGCUGAAUUGACAUUUUGGGUGAGAAUAAAGUUGAUAUUGUUAUUGUGGGUGGUCGUCUGUGUGAGGCUUGAUAUGUGAAUGAGAGAAGUCCACAUCAUAGGGCCGAAGCAUGCUUUCCUAUAUGAUGUAUGGUCCCUAGAACUGCUACAACACAACACAGCAAAGAAUGUACAUGGAGCUAGAUUUAAAUACUCCAUAUUCUUAGAGUAUGGCGCAUUCUUUGUGAAAUAUAUAUAUUUUAUUUUUUUACUUUUUCAGGGUUCAAUAUGGAAGCUCCGUUUAAGAUUGUUUGGGACAAAAAAAACAGAGGAUCUAGACCUUGUGUGCCCCAAGCCUAAAAUCAUAAAGCCUAGAGUAAUUUCCCGUACCCAGAAGCCAAAGACUUUCAGGAAUGCCUCUGUAUCAGUUGUGCCUAGCAACUUGGCUGGGCCUACAAACCAAACCUUAUUUUUGAAUACUAUAGUAACUGGAGAAACCGUGACAUUGGGGAGAACCAUUUCACACCAAGAAAAAACACCGAAGGAAUUAUCAUCUUCUGGACUGUCCCAAUUAAAGACAGAAAUCCUUCCCACCCAGAACCCCCAGUGGAGUUUGACAACCAAAUCUGUUGCCUAUGUCACAGACGCUGGAAUGGUUUCAUCCAUGCACUUAACACACAAAAUGCCUGCUGUCUCCACACUGCAAACUGGAAACAUGGGUAUAUACGUAUUGCUACUAUUGUAGCAUCUAACUCCCUAACUUGUGACUUCUUUCACUACUAUAGCACUUCCCUCUUGUCUUUAUAAAAGUUUAACGUGUUUAAUGUUGCAGGACUUCUGUCUUCUGCACAGUGUCUUGUGUCCUCAGAGAAGGUCCCUUGCCUGGAUAUUACAGCAUCUCAUGAUAGAUGCAUCCACUCACGCUGCUGUUAUGACCCUCAGGAUGCCCGGACUCCUUGUUAUCAUGGACAUACAGGUGAAAGUGGUGCUACAAUUUAUAAUGUAAAAAGGGAAAGCAUAAUAAGUUUAAAAAAAAUAAAUAAAAAAAUUGAUCUGAAACUUUCAUUAUAGUAUCUUUGCAGUGCUAUUCUGAUGGACGUUUCCGCCUGGUUAUCUCGCGCCAUGUAACUCAUCCUCCCCUUGUGUUGGCUUCUGUCGUUCUGAGACCUUCAGGGUGCCCUUCACUCACCUUCAGAAAUGGGCAAUUCUUGGAAUUCAGAGGCCAUCUGGAACAGUGCAGCACACACAGGGUGAGUUGAUAUUUUAAUCGAAUGCUAUCUUUUCCAUUGGUACGGUUUUAGUAGACACUGUCUCUCUUGCAGUUUUUGGAAGGUAAACUUGUGUAUGAGUUUUCUCUAUUGGCAAGCCAGAAUAUUCUGUUCUCCUCAAAAGGAUCUAUCACCCGCGACACAACUGUUACGUGAGUGUUACUUAAAGUACGGAACUGCACACAAAGUAGCAUGCAUUCUAAACUGUAAAUUAGUUUAACGGUUUCUCUGUUUCUCUUAGUUUACUGUCCUGGUGCACAUACCCCAGCACUGUGUCAAAGUCUCUUGUCCCAGUUGUGGAAUCUCCAGUUCCUGUUGCAUCUGUGACAAAGAUCUCUGCACUAAAUCUUGAGCUGCGCAUUUCUAAAGGUGUGUACAUUUUAAUUAAAUUAUUUUUCUGAAAGGGAUUUGUUGACCACAAGGAAUGCUUAUUUGUCAUGUCUAAAUGCAUACAUUUAAAGGGACACUACAGACCCCUAAAGCUUGCCGAAGUGCUUUGUGUGAAGUGCCUGCAAACAAAACCGUACAUAUUUUAAUAUAAAUUGUCACUUUUAUAAAUGGACUUUGUCACAAUUCCUGUUUGUCAAUCAGAUGACCAAUGCUCUUCCUGGUUGUUUAGCUCAGUGGAGCUAAACUCAGAAGGCAGGCAAUCGUUCAGGACACCUGCUUUGCACUGGGAAAUCUGUAAUUGGACAGCGAAAAGGCAUUGUUUACAUUACAGCCUAGGGACACCUCCAGUGGCCACUCCUCAGAUGGCUGCUAGAGGUGCUUUCUAGCACAGUGCUGCAAACUGUGCCAAUUGCAUGGAGACACUGAUCUUUCCUCAUUCCAUUCCAUUCCCCAACCUCCACCAGAGUAACCAGUGGCACAAUGGACACUCAGAGGCAAACUCAGUGGACCCCACCCCUCCAAACAUUAAUAGACCACUCUCCUCCUGCACCCCCAGAGCUUUUGUAGAGUGUUUGCAUCCUCCUGGCUCUGGCUGCACACUUGGCACAAGUGUACAUUCCUGACGCCCACUGUUACACAAAGGUCCUUGCAUAGUAUUAUUCCACAGGGCUCACGGCAUCAGGGACAAUUGACUCUGGAUCCCCUUCAGAAUCCAGAGAACGAUGCAUCACCCUUCCAGUGGGCAGGCAGCUAAGGGCCAACAGCAGCAGGUUGGCAGUCCUCGAGCAGAAGAGCAUCAUGAUGCAGCCCUUAAUAGUAGGUGUGCAUCAACUCAGUCAGCAGGGAUGAGACAUCCUAUUGGGAGAGAUUACCAACUUUAGUGGUGACCCAAGUGUCCAGUGCGAGGGCCCUCUCCCACCCCCCCCCCUCAGGAGGAAGCUGCCAGGCCCUGCCUCCAUGCUUCCAAUUUUCCAUUAAACUAGAAAGAAAUUCAUUCUUGUCCCCAGAAUGGCAGUCAGAUGGUUUCCUGGAUCAAGAAGCUAUUACCCCACUAAUGCAAAAACACAAUAUUAAGAGAUAAUUUUGAAACUAUUGUGAUAAGGUGAAUGGGGUGGUCUGUAAGAGAGUUUAUAUUUCGACUGAAUUGUUCAGAGGCAUAUGACUUUUAACCCCAGGGGGAGUGUGUGUUUGUGUGUAUAUAACCGAAAUGAAUAGUUAUGGGCCCCUGGGGUGGAGCAUUUGGAGAGCAGGGUGGGCCAGUGCUCCACUCCGCAGUUUGUUUUUUCUUUGGAGACUAGGUCCAGACCAGGGUUUGGACUGUCUCCAACCCACUGCUCAGCUGCAGGUAAUCAGCUGCAGCAGUGGGAAUAAACCCCUCCCUGCUAGGCAGGUAGGGGAGAAUGUUUGUUUCUCUCUGGAAGGCUGGAAGCAGCAGGCUGGCUAAACACUGGAGUGCAGAGAGCUGACAAAGACACUAGGUUGGUGAAACCAAUAUUUUGUUAUACUUUAACCCCUGAGAGAUAGGGAAUCUGAUGUUAGUUAGUGCUCAGACGAGCUAGGUUUUUGUUUAUAGGGAUUUGUUUUUUUUUUAUUUGCUGCUGUCUCUGUAGUGAAGCUCAACAAUAAAGUUCCCAGAAUAAAAGUUACUUUUAAAGACUGUGCAUGUUUGUACCCAAAAGGACCGUGCUAACUGCAGACAAGGAUCACACUAUUUAUCCAAUUAGUGUUUAAACAUCUGUAAACUCUGGUAAAACCACCUCUUCGGAUGGAAAAUUACAGAUCCUUAUUGUUUCACCUGUAAAAAAUAAAAUAAUAAAUUUGUUUGUCUUGGACUAAAUCUUUUCAUUCUGUGUAAAUACAUGACCUCGUGUCCUAUGUAUAGUACUGCUUGAUUUCCAGACAAUGGUUUGUAUUGGCCAUGAAUAGAUUCGUAUAGUGCCAUCAUAUCCCCUUUGAGUCACCGUUUUUCCAAACUAAAGAGAUUUACAUUUGUUAAGCUCUCUUAAUGCUCCAUUCCUUUUAUCAGUUUUGUAGCCCACUUCUGCACUUUUUCUAGGGCCAUAAUAUCUUUCAGAACAGGUGCCCAAAAUUGCACAGCAUAUUCAAUGUGUGGUUUUUACCAGUGAUUUCUAAAGAGGUUAAAUUAUAUUUUCAUCCAAAGAAUGACCCUAUUUAUACGUAACAGUAUCUUGACAGCUGCUGAUUCACAUUGCGCAUUGUUGCCGAGUUUAUCUAUAACGAUUCCCAAAUCCUUCUUGUGUGUUCCUAUACUACAAUUUUGAGUGUAAAUUGCUUGUGAUUACCUUUGCAUUUUUCUACAUUAAAUUUAAUCUGCUAUUUAAGUGCCCAGUCCCCCAAUCUAUCUAAAUCCCUCUGCAGCAAAGCAGUAUGCUGCUCACAUUGUAUUACUUUACAGAGUUUUGUGUCCUCUGCAAACACUAAAACAUGACUUUGAUUGCCUAAUUCAAGAUAAUUUAUAAAUGGGUUAAAUAAAAGCGGUCCCAGAACAGAACACUGAGGGGGACACGACUUACCACUUUUUGUCCAACUUAAAAAUGUACCAUUAACGUUAAGCCUCUGUAAGUUAUCUUUAAGCCAAUAUUCUACCCAAGAACAAGUAUUUUCGUCUAGACCAAUUUUUUAGUUUGAACACUAACCUAUUGUGAGAAAGCGUAUCAAAUACCUUGGCAAAAUUCAAGUGGAUCACAUUCACUGCAACACCCUGAUCUAUACUUCAUAAUAUUUUGUAGAAUGUAAUUAGUUUUGUGUUUCAUAAAACCGUGCUGAGUAUUGAUAAUAACAAUGUUCUUCCAAAUUAAUUACCGACUAUUUUCCUUUAAUAAUCCUUCAAAUACUUCCCCAGCCACAGAAGUUAAACUCACAGGUCUAUAAUUUCCAGGCUAAGAUUUUGAACCCAAGAUGCUACAAAGGAGCUUGUCCAUGCUUUAGUAAUUUCCUGCAUGGAUUAUUGUAACAGUCUCCUGAUUGGUCUUCCCAAAAGCCAUAUUGCCCCGGUCAGUGGCGGCUCUAGACUUUGAGGCCUUAGGCAAAACUCAAACAAGAGGCCCCCCCACUAAUACUCAUAGUAAAAAACAUAUAGGGGUUGCAUCGUGUGUAUAAUGAGCUGUUGUUAUAUUUAAUGACAGGCUUGCGGUGUUGAAUACAGAGAGCUAGUCUCUGUAUUCAGUGUUGGGGUGAGUGUGGCACGGUUGAAGGAGAAAAAGUGACAGGGCAAGGGGAGGUAAGAGUGACAGGAUGAGGGAGGGUUAUGUGACAGGGUGAGUGUGGCAUGGCUUGGCAGGAUGAGUGACAGGAUAGAAGUUAAUGUGAUAGGGUGAAGGGGGAUGAGUAUGACAGGGUUGGGGUUAUGUGUUACACGGCUGGAGGAGGAAGUGUGACAAGGUGAGGGGAAGUGAGUUGGACAGGAUUAUGUGACAGGGUGAGUGUGGCAUGGUUGGGCACAAGUGAAAGGGUUAAUGUGAAAGGGUUGGGGGUGAGUGUGACAGUAUGAGAGAAGAUGAGUGUGAUAGGGUGAGUGUGGAAGAGCGAGGGCUGUUAAUUGUGGUAUGGAUGGAGGGGGUGAGAACGACAAGAUUAGGAGAGGUUAAUGUGAGCGAGGCUGGGUGAAGAAGGCAUGACAGCAUGUGGGCAGUGACAGUAUGUGUGUGGAAUUGUGACGGUGGGUAGGUGAGUGUGUGGGAGGCAGUGUUGGAAACAGUGACAGUGUGUGGGAGGGGUGACUGUAUGUAUUGGUGACAUAGUGUUGGGGGCUAACAAAAUGGGGUGCAAGUGUGUGAAAGGGUAACAGGGUGAGGGAGCAGUGUGGAGGAAUGUGACAGUUUCGGGGGCAGGGUGUGAGUGGGUGACAGUGAGGAGGAAGAUGACAGUGUGGGGUGGCAGUGUGGAGGAUGGUGACAGUGUGGGGGGACAGGGUGUGUUACAGUGUGGGAGGGCAGUGUAUGUGGGAGGGCAGUGUAUGUGGGAGGGCAGUGUAUGUGGGAGGGCAGUGUAUGUGGGUGGGCAGUGUAUGUGGGUGGGCGGGCAGUGAUUGGGCAGUGAGGAUGGCGGGGCAGUGAGGGUGGCAGGGCAGUGAUGGGGCAGUGAGGGUGGGCAGUGAUGGGGCAGUGAUGGGGCAGUGUGGGUGGGCAGUGAUGGGGCAGUGAGGUGGGUGGGCAGUGAUGGGAGGACAGCGGCAGUGAUGGGGCAGUGAGGGUGGGAGGGCAGUGAUGGGGCAGUGAGGGUGGAGGACAGGCAGUGAUGGGGCAGUGAGGGUGGGUGGGCAGAGGGUGGGAGGACAGGCUGGCAGUGAUUGGGCAGUGAGGGUGGGUGGGCAGUGAUGGGGCAGUGAGGGUGGGUGGGCAGGAGGUGGAGGCGGCAGUGAUGGGGCAGUGAGGGUGGGCACAGUGAUGGGGCAGUGAGGGUGGGGUGGGCAGUGAGGGUGGGAGGACAAGUGGGUGCAUGGGGGCAGUGAGGGUGGUGGGGUGAGUGGGUGGGAGGACAGGCUGGGCAGUGAUGGGGCAGUGAGGGUGGCAGUGAGGGUGGGAGGGCAGUGAUGGGGCAGUGAGGGUGGGUGGGCAGUGAUGGGGCAGUGAGGGUGGGUGGGCAGUGAGGGUGGGUGGGCAGUGAUGGGGGAGGGUGGGAGGACAGGGCAGUGGGGGGGAGGGCAGUGAUGGGGAGGGCAGUGAUGGGGCAGUGAGGGUGGGAGGGCAGUAAUGGGGCAGUGAGGGGGAGGGCAAUGGGGCAGUGAUGGGGAGGGCAGUAAUGGGGCAGUGAUGGGGAGGGGGAAUGGGGCAGUGAGGGUGGGAGGGCAGUGAUGGGGGGAGGGCAGUGAUGGGGCAGUGAUGGGGGAGGGCAGUGAUGGGGCAGUGUGUGUGGAGGCUGUGACAAGCCUCCACACACUGAAAUACCUUUUUAUUUAAUAGAAUUCCCUGGUGGUCCGGUGGCAGCAGUCCCUGGUGGUCCGGUGGGAUGACUUCCGUCUGCAGCUCUGCGAGAGCUGCAGACCUUGUUCUCGCGGGCGCCUGUCAGAGCGUUGCCGUGGUAACCCGCGGCAACGCUCUGUGUGCUCGCAAGAACCACAUUAUGUGAUCUGCAGCUCUGCACUCGGCGGAGCUGCAGAUCAGAGGUUGGCUCUCCCUGUGGGCAGACCGUGUGGAGGGGCCACCCGGCGGCAUACUGGGUAAGCCGCCGGGCCCCCUCUCACUGUCGGGUCCUCAGUCAUGGACCAAGGACCCGACAGUUCAGUCUGCCCCAAGGCGAUUUAGGCGGCCGCGAGGCCCCACAAAGCGCGAGGCCUUAGGCGGCCGCCUAAAUCGCCUAAUUAGAGAGCCGCCUCUGGCCCCGGUACAGUCUGUAAUGAAUGCCGCCGCCAGACUGAUUUUCCUCUCUAGUCGGUCCUUUCACACCUCACCUCUCUGUCCUUACAUUGCCUUCCUGUAUCCUAUUGGAGUCAAUUCAAAGUGCUAACCCAUACAUAUAAAGCACUGAAGAAUUCUAGCCCCUCUUAUCGCUUCACAGAUCCAUAGGUAUGCCCCUUCUCGGUCCCUCCGCUCUGCCCAUGACCACCUCCUGUCCGCUGCUCGCACCUGUACAGCCAAAAUGCGCUUGCAGGACUUCUCGCGGGUGGCUCUCUUCCUAUGUAAUAGCCUACCCCAACCCUGACUCUCCCCUAUUCUUCAAUCAUUUAAGAAGUGCCUUAAAACCCAUCUCUUUAGGAAUGCUUAUGGCCUCUCAGAGUAACCUAUACCUCACAUUCCUGUCGCUUGCUCUCUACUUGUCAAGGUUAUACUCCCCAACACGCAAACCAGAGAACAAUAAAGGCAAACACAGACGUAUUACCGGACCUUAAAGUGGCCGGACUUAAUGUAGGAAUGAGAGAUAAGAAUAGUCAAACACGCCAAGGUCAGGAAUACAGAGAUACAGGAAAACGAAAUAGACAGAGCCAAGGUCAGGGAGCCAGAAAUAAGAAUAACUAAUAAACAAGCCGAAGUCAGGAACCAGAGAAAAGACAACUACUAAGAACGCAUUCUCUGGCUAGAAUAAACCACGACAGUGCAAGGAAGUGAUGUCAGAAGGAGGUUAAUAUAGGGCAAGGUGAAUGCUGAUAGGCAGGGACAGAAUUGAAGGAGGUAUCAAUAGAUAGUGGCAAUAGGUCACUAUCUCUUUAAAUUUGGAGUCCACGAUAUCCCUGCCGGCUACCUUGUGCGCGUGCGCACGUCCCCGGGCGCUCUCCCAGAUGCGUGCGCGCCCCCGGAGGCGCAUGCAUGCGACACCCGCCAGUGAUCCACACCUCCCGAGAGGACGGACGGCGGGACCAGGAUGGCGCGGGACACCAGGUAUGACACUACUCUCCUCCAGCUCUGCUUCCCUCCCACCUUAUUUGAUAUUUCUGUCCUAAUGUGUUUUAUACCAGACAUCCUAUAGACUGUAAGCUCGUUUGAGCAGGGUCCUCUUCAACCUAUCGUUCUUGUAAAUUUUCUUGUAAUUGUCUUAUUUAUAGUUAAGUAUCCCUCUCAUAUUAUUGUAAAGCACUACAGAAUCUGUUGGCGCUAUAUAAAUGGUGGUGAUAAUAAUAACCCUUUUUGAAUAUAGGAGCCACAUCUGCCUUCCUCCAAUCCUCUGGUACAGUUUCUAGAAGAAAAGAAUCGUUUGCAUAUCUUUCCCUAGAAUCCUCCUUAAUCUAUACUGAAGAAAGUUAUUUAAAAUUUCUGCCUUUUUCUGGUCUUCAUGAACUCACACCCGUCUGUUUUCAGUGUACCCACACUUUCUUAUUUUUUAUUUAUUAUUUUAGAAUUUGUCAAAUGUUUUGGGGUAUGUUUUGCUUUCUUUGGUGAUCAAUUUCUCAUUGUAAUGCAUUUAAAAGGGCAGUAAUUGAGGGGGCGGGGCCUGACAGCGAAGAUGGCCAGACGCACUUUUUAGGAGCUCCUGCAAUAACGGACCCAAAAGCGAAAAUACCAAUUGACAGGACCACAUAAGCGGCAAACAGGGAUCGGGAGCAGACGCAUAACAGCACCCAGCACACGAUGAUACAAACCUGGCACCGAUACGCCGCGGAAAAACUGCAACAGGCCAUGUGGCCUAACCUAGCGCAGAGCACAAGGCCCAAGGAAGACAGCCGACCUCCCUGCACGGUACGAGCUCCUACGCAACAGCCCAAAGCAGCCCUGCUGCGCCCCCCCCCCCCCCUUGGACCGGUAGGGGACAUCCCGGUCCUCGAUGGGGAAGAUUACCUCCACAAGCACACCUGAACAAGCAGCGAACUCGCCAAGCAAACGAACUCUGCAGGGCCCGGCCAAGAUGGCGGCCCCAGGCCAAGCACCCGAGCAUCGCACCACCCAAGCACACAAAGGACUUUGUGGACUUGCUACGAUUUCACCUCUGGGCAAUGCUUAAAGCCAGGAGACAACUCUACCAGAGGGCGAUGAGAGCGGUGGCGGUGUGGAUUCGCCCGACCAUCUGGCGUACCUUGCAAUGGACUCCCCCUCACAAUGCCAGAGCAGCCUCCAAACUAAACUGGCGCCCAAGCUCAAGCAGGCGGGAAACGGCGCAGGGCCUUCUGGACGCCAAUUCUCACGACCCGGCACCGCAGAAGAAGAUCCAGCAUACUUCUCACUCAGCGGCCACAGAAAACGAGCAGCAAAGCAUAAGCCUGCACACAGCGUCCCACAAAGCCUGGUGCGCCGACGACCGAAAAGCAACUAAGCUAGAUCCAGGGAGACGCAACAGGCAGAAAACCCACCCAUGACCUAUCUGGGAGGAGACCCAGACGGGACUCUUACCCAACUGCACAAGCAAGGCUGCCAAAAUGGGCAUUGGUUGAAACAACGGAACCUCAAGCACCACACGGCCUAUGGCCGACAACCCUGCCCAUGAAACAAAGACUGAUAUUUCCAGCAGACGGAGGCAAGGCAUUUAUAUCGUGCUUAGUGUUAGGCAUGUAACCUCUCUAUACCUAACUGACUCUCAGAUAACAAGCUAAAAUUAUUGUUUAUUUCUCUGCACUUACCCUUAACAUCAGAACCGGCCUAGUGCAUGCCAACAUACUGUUGCCCCUGUGAUUCUGAAGUGACAGAAUGCCUUGGAAAUUUAUACUUUUCUCUUAUCUGCAGCCUACACUAACUACAGGAAAAAAUGUGACGCGAAUUACUGUUGUCUAUAUUUUUACUUUUUAUGAAUCCUGCUGCUGAGACCAGUAUAGCGAGGGAACAGAAUUGUUAAUAGUCCUUUGCAUUGCCCUUGCAGAUACACUAGCUUAUACUGUUACAUUGCAUUUGUGUUAAACAGGAGUUUCUCAUUCUGUUAACUUAAUAUAUGUAUUCAUGUUAUGGUAGCCUAAAUGUUUAUCACAUAGUUAGCAAUACAGGGCAAACCGCCUUAACACUGUACCAGCGUACGUGAAGUUCUAAUGUUAAGCCUUAACUAGCAACAUAUUGUCUAAGCAUGUAAACUAGUACUCAUACUCUUAUUUCUUGAAUCGUUACUCUUUAACUUAAUUAAAAAAAAAUAAAAAAUGCAAACCUCACAUGCCACAAUACUGUUAUGUUAAAACUAUGAAAAUAGAGUCUGCUGACGCCGUUGUGGCCAUACAGGCACUGUUGUACUCACCUGCAUAUCAAAAAUAAAGAGGAGAAGAAAAAAAAAAGGGCAGUAAUUGCAUUACUGACUUCCUUAUAUAUUCUAUAGGAUGCCUAAUUUGUCAUUUUAUUUAUUUUAAAGCCCUUCUUCUCUUUAAUCUCUUGGUAUAAUUUUCCACUAAGUCAUAUCCGUUACAAUUAGAUUUCAUAAAAUUUUUAUCCAAUAGUGCAUAGUGAUAAAUGUACCUUUUUGAAAUGUUUGAAGAUCUUCCAUUUAUCCUCAGGGUUUUUUUCACUAGCGUUCAUGCCAGUCAAUAUGUUGUAAAGCUGCCCAUAUCUUAUUGAAACUGCAUACCUAAUGUGCUUUUGAGUUUUUCAAGACACCAUAUAUGAAAAAUAUAUCCCAAGUGUUGGUCAAAAGAUCAACAUUAUUUAAAAAUAAGGUGCGCUGAGUCACCGAGGAGGGACUUCACACACUGAGAGGAAAACCUGCCGCACACGUCAUGUGCCCAUGUGUGUUACUGCAGGUAGUUCAGCGGUGCGCUCCAACUGCCACCAGUGCGUGAGGACCCUACGAGGGGCGCGUGACGUGUGCGGCAGGUAUUCCUCUGUGUGUGAAGUCCCUCCUCUGUGACUCAGCUUGGUUGCAGUUUCUAUAUCUAUAUUCUAUAUAUUUGUAUGUAUUUUAUCCCAGGAGGGGUUUUAUUUGAAAGCUGUUAGAGCAGGCUUUCUCUGCUCUAUCUUUGUGAGUGAUCACUUUACUCAUUAUUAAUUGGAUUUGGUUUUAUACAGAUUUACACUAUUAGUGGGUUUUUUUCUCUCCUUUUUAUGUUUAUAUGUCAUUGUGGAGAGGACAUAAUUAUGUAUGUAUAAGUAAGUUUUUUUUUCACUUUAUCACCAGUACACACAAUUAGUGCACUUUAUAAUUCUGUGCACUUUAUUACAAAUUGCACUGGAGGCGCUCUCUAACACAGGCAUGGCUGGUGAUUAGUGGUCGCCCCGCGGGUGGCUGUAGUCCCCGAUGGGCCGACAUGAGUAGGUUGUUCCGUUAGAUGCUUUGCCCGGUCGGUGCCCCUCCAGCUGCGCCUCGGUCUUUCAGAGGACAGAUUCUUGGCUGGCUGUUGUGCCGGUGGUGCUCUGGCAAUAAAGCAGACCUAUGUUGUGGUUGGUGGCUGGCGCCUGCUUUCCCGGCGUUCCCAGAAUCCCCUGCAUACGACGUUAAAUCUUGCGUGGAAGGCCGCUGGGUGUGGAUUGGGCCGUGUUGGGAGCGGUGCUGUCGGCCAUCUUGGUUUGGCCUCAUGGCUUCCACCGGUUGGAUAUGUGCCUAGGGGGGAGGGAGGGAAGAAUGCAUUAAAUUAUGCGUUAAUCAAUGUAUUCAGUAGGAGCUGCUGAGGUUUGCUUCCUCUCAGCUCUGCAGUCAGGCCCCGCCCCCCCGGCAGAUGAAAUUUAACAUAGAGAAAUGCAAAGUUAUGCACUUCGGGGUCAAGAAUGCACAAGAAACUUACAACCUAAAUGGUAGGGAAUUAGGGAUAACCACACAUGAGAAGGAUUUGGGAAUUGUUAUAGACAACAAAUUAGGCAGCAAUAUGCAAUGUCAAUCUUAAGUUGCUAAGUCCAGUAAGGUUUUGUCAUGUAUAAAUAGGGGCAUAAAUUCUCGGGAUGAAAAUAUAUUUCUGCCUCUUUAUAAAUCGCUGGUAAGACCACACCUUGAAUAUGCUGUGCAAUUUUGGGCACCUGUUCUAAAGAAGGGUAUCAUGGCUCUAGAAAAAGUGCAGAGCCGAGCUACAAAAUUGAUAAAAGGAAUGGGGAAUUGUAGGUUAAAUUUAAAUCUCUUUAGCUUGGAAAAACUGCUCCUGAGAGGGGAUAUGAUAACAUUAUACAAAUAUAUUCAGGGCCAGUAGAAGCCAUUAUCUGGAAAUCUAUUCAUAAACAGGGCUAUACAUAUUACAUGAGGUCACACAUUUAGGCUGGAAGAAAGGAGAUUUCAUCUAAGGCAAAGAAAAGUGUGUUUUUUUUUUGUUUUUUUUUACAGUAACAGUAAUAAGGAUAUGGAAUUCUCUUUAUCAAAGUCCAUACAGAUGUUUAAACUGCAAUUGGAUACAUAUUUCCAAAACCAUAACAUACAGGGAUAUAAUUUCUAAUUAGUGGUGUAAUAGCUGCUUGAUCCAAGGAGACAUCAGACUAUUUUGGGGUCAAGGAGGAUUUUUUUUCCUAGUUUGUUGCAAAUUUGGAAGCGCUUCAUACUAGGUUUUUUGCCUUCUUUUGGAUCAACAGCAAAAACAUAUGUAAGGAAGGCUGAACUUGAUGGACGCAAGUCUUUUAUGCUGUGUAACUAUAUGCACCCUGCUGUUUUGAAUGGAAUUGGACUGUGCUACCCUUACCUUAGAUAUUGUGGAUCCCACUAAGUAGAGACUUAACAUUAUUGACAUUUUGCUUUGAAUGGCUUGUCUUUUCUUGAAAUACGGUGAACUGUCCAUUUUGUGUUCUCCUCUUUCUCCCCAAUUCUUACCCCAUUGUUAAUUUGCAGAAAGUGGCCCAAUUGUUCUAGGAGAAGACUUUCACACCAGUUCCAAUUGGCUGCCGUGGAAAUUCCCUUAAAGGAACUUCACUAGGUAUUCCUAAAUGUGUAUGCCUAACACUAUAGUGUAAUUUAGAUGUUGGCUGACCUUCCCUCCCUUCAAGCACAUGAAAAUAUAUAUAUAUAUUUUUUUUUUCCUUUUCUCCAGUGCUGUGGUACUCUCAGCAGCUGGUCUUGCCUCCAUUGUUGAGAUCAGAUUAGCCCAGCCAAUCCAAUUAUUUCCCAUAGGAAACAGUUAGGAGGCUAGUGCGCAUACUCUGCUAUAUGCCACUCUGCGUCAAUCAUAUGGUUCUAAGAGACCAUCUGAUAGAAAUAGAUGAGUUUUAAAGUGUCCCUUUAAGUCUCCCAUAUAGUCCAGUCAUUAGCCACUUAUCUCUGAGAUGCACAUUGGAGGUCCUUCAGAAAGAACAUAACUUCACCAUAAGUAGAUUUAUUUCUUUGUAGUAUAGAUGCUGAUAUUUGCUAGAUUUGUUUGGUCUUGUCACCAGACUUUCUCCAGAGCCAUCUUUCCCUCCAGACUUUCGCUGUUUGAAUACCGCGCUAAUUGAUUCCUCAGCCUUCCCUGUUUGCGGCUUCUGUGUUUGCAUCCACCCGUAUGUGACAUAAUCGUGCUUGGAGCUCAAAUCCCCCGACUGCAAUCUCCCUGGUGUGUGUGUGUGUGUGUGUGUGUGUGUGUGUGUAUGUGUAUAUAUAUAUAUAUACACACACACACACACCUUGCGUUGGUUAAAAAGUGACAAAGUCCAAAUGGAGGGGAAAAGAAACAAUCGUGCAUCUUGAACUUCCUGAUUCCUGCAUAGGAAGACGGCAGAGGAAUCAAUUUGUGCGGUAAGAUGGCUCUUGAGAAAGUCUGGUAACAAGAUGAAACGUGUGGAGCAAAUCUCAUAAGCAUCUGCACUCCAAGAAAACUUUGAUCUAUGCACAGUGAAAGGAUUUCUCUUUCUAUCUCUCAAAUCUACUGAAAACCACCUGCGUAUGCCCCUUAUUAAAUACUGGGACUGCAAAUAGGAUACAUGGGACCUUCGACGUGCACCUCAUCAGAGAUAAGCGGCCCCUUAGUGGGCAAUGUGCAUAUAGCACAAUUAUUUUUGUGGAAUUUACCUUGUCAGUUAUGUAUCCUUAAUUUUGUAUUAAAUACUACACAGUACUUCUCUUUCUACUUUUGUCUCCUCAAUAUAUUACCAUUACAUUUGAGCGUCCUCUGAUCAAGACUUUAUAUAUAAAAACCUGUUACAAGUAAUACUUGACUGCACUGUGUGUGUGUAAAAAAAAAUAAAAAAAACUCGGGUAUCUUCUCUCCAAAAAGCGAUGAUCUUGCAGGUUGCAAAGUCGUUCAAAACCCCUGACCAAGUUGUCUGGAACCGCAAGGUCACCUCAUGCUGAAACUAUUCCAUAACAUCUGUGGCGAAGUACUGCUGAGGACCAUUCGUGGGUUUCUUCACGCGAAGGCUGCCAGGGAGCUAACGUUCGGUUCCAUUAAAUGAAGGGAAGGUGCGGAACCAGGGGCACUGAGGGAAAGCUGCUUAUGGCAGCUGUGCAGAGGAACUCCAGAACGGGGUCUCAGACCUGGACCAUAGUCGGUGGGCAGGAUGCCAGCUUCCACACUCCUCCAGGCAUUCAUGGCAAAUGUCUGUGGAGAAGAGAGUUUGUCACACCUGGUUUAACAUACCUGCUAGUAAUUCCCAUGGAUGAUACUCAGCGAAUUCCAAACUGUAGACCAAAUUAAUUUUAUAGGUGAGGAAACUAAAUCCUUAGAGACAAUCCACUGCCCAAAUGAAAUUCAAAAUCAGUUUAGUAACUUUCCCUAAUGAGAGCAUAUAUGCAUUUUUUUUCCUUUUAGGGCUAUAUCUAAAAGUAGCUUGUGCAAGCAGCAGAUCUCUUAUCUGUAGAUUGGGUGAGGCAAAUCCUCCCCUUCUAGCCUCACCCAAACCUUUCGUAUCUUAGCUACACUGGGAAGUCUGAUUGGACAAUCAGACGUCUUUGCAAGACAGAUGCUCUGAUAAAUUGCCUGCCUCUUGAGUUUAGCUCCACUGAGCUAAAUAACCAGGAAGUAAUGGGACUGAUUUUCUGACAACAGGGUUAAUUACUAAAAAUACAGAUGGAGCAUGCACAGCAACGGUCAUUCUGCUAGUCCGAUGCUUCUCAUAGAACAGCAUUCGUUUCAGUGCUUCUUCAUGAUAAACAUUGCCUUCUGCUUUGAACGAGUGAACAAAGUGAGGCAGGAAACUGCUCAGGUGGGUGCACAUUUUGGACUUUUUUAUAAAAAGGACUGAUUUAAAGUAAUAUCUGUACUUUUGUAAAAUAAGCAUUUGAUUAACCCUAAAGCACUUUCACAAACUGCAUUGCUCUAAACUCGAGAGAACUAGUAUUCAAUUAAGAUUGAAAUACUUACAUUGUCUGCACACAUUACUCAAAAAUGCAGCAAUUCACUUUUGCUGCACUCUUCCGUAGAAAAGGAACUGUCAUAGCUUAUUCUUGAAUGGUAGGGUAAUUUCAAAAUGAAUAACUACUGGUACUAUUGUAUCAGCCUGCAUUCUUAUUUGCUUUGUAUUUUCGUUCCUUAACCAAAUGGCCUAUUUUUGUUGCAGACUUUUCUUACACCUCAUUUUUUUCACCUCUGGACUUUCCUUUGCGGGUACCUCUAGCCAACCUUAUUUUUUUAGAGGUGCAACUUCUUCACCCUUAUGAUCCCAGGCUGCAUCUUCAUCUGCACGAUUGCUGGGGAGCUCCAACUCUGAACCCCACCUCAGAAGUACAGUGGCCCCUUUUACACAAUGGGUAAGCUCAAAUAAUAGCUAAAAGUAAAAAGAAAUAGGGCAUACAUAAUAGAUUUAUUUUAAAAAAGUGUAUAUGUGUGUGUGUGUGUAUGUAUGUGUUAGUCCAGUAAAAAGAUUACAGAAUACCAGAGUAUUGUAAUAUGCAAUGAUACUUUUAUAUAUUUUUUUAAUUGGACGAACAUAUUACUUAAAAGACAAGCUUUCGAGAGUUGAAGCAAUACUGAUCAAUAUGAUAGUUUAACAUUUAAAACAACUAAUAUUGUCAGAAGGGGAGGGAGGGGGAUACGGUGGGUUUCAUAAAUAGAUGUCUGAGAGUGAAAGGGGCCAAUUGUUUAUUUACUUGUUCUGGCUAUUCUCUACCAGAGGAGAGUCAAUAAGCUAAUAAAAAAUAGGGCAGAAAAAGGCAUAAAGCUCGAUAUGUGUAUAUAAAUAGCUCAAAUAUAAGUGAAGCAUUGAAGAAAUAUAUACGACAUUAAGAUGUGACCGCUUUCAUCUCAAGUCUUAGUGAGUUUUUAAAGUCCUCUUUUACUUUAACCUUGAGGGUUUAGAUGUAGUUAUCAGUCUAGGUAAAGUGAUGUCCAACAUUGGCCUGCAGCAAAAUAACCCCAGAAUAUGAGCUUACACAGAAUGGCACUGUACGAUGCAACAAAUCGCUCCGCAAACUGUGUCAACUUGUGUGGCAGUAACACAGCCAGGCACAAUUGCAAAAAAUACAACAUUAAGGAAUCCUAUUUCUGCACAUCUGCAAACAUGGUAUAUAUGAUACUGUGUAUAGCUUGUGAGUCUGGGGAGGGAGCCUGGCGCUGGAGAACGUGUUUAACCCCUUCAGCCCAGCAGGAGUGUGACCUUGAGGGUGGGGGGGACUUAAAGACCCUAUAAUGCCAGGAAAAUUAGUUUGUUUUUCUGGCACUAUAGUGGUUCUUUAAGCCUUGAGGUACUGUAAGCUGUGGUUGAUUGCUUUUUGUUGCGCAUAGGCCUGGGUGUAAAGCCUUUGGGCCCAGGUCUGAGGCAUAUUUGGAUGCUUUCUUGCCAUUUGGCUGGUAGAGCUUCUUCCUCCGUUUGAUCCUGGCUCUUGCAGGGAUCGCUGUCGCUCUUUUCCUCAUGGCGCUGGGUGGCGGACGCCUAUUUGAACCGCUUGUCGGCACAUGGUGUGCAGAUAAAUGUAUCCGCUCGCUCAGCAUGCUCCAGAACCUUGCGAAGAGAAGAUCCAGCUUAGUGAGGUUAUUGGCAGUGUCUUGGCUGGGAUCUCUAGCGCACGUACCUGAGAGUUCCGGAGUUUAGGAGGCUUGAUGUCACCACUGCGGCGGCUUGCAAGGUAUGUGAGUGUGUCUCUGGAAUUAGGACCGGGAUCACCCCUGCCGGUCCAAGUGGGGGGGAAUGGGGCAGCAGUCGGAUUUUUCUUUUUUUUAAUUCUUUAUUUAUAGGUUUUUCGUUUGGAAUGGAAGUGCGAUACAGAAAGAAGUGGGGAGGGCGGGUAUGAAUCCAGACAGAACAAUAUGUGAAAGCAAAUUUUGGUACCAACGCAGGGUACUAUUUGACAUUUGAGGAAGUGUACGUUUGUACCGGUUUUGUGUACUUAUGAUACAAUUGUUUAAGACUUCUGCUAUUUUUGAGUUCCCCACCGCUUCUGACGUGUUACCAUGGGAUGGUCGUGUCCCCCUCCAACCAUGGGUCCCAUAUUUUAUGGAAUCUCUUGGGUGAGUCGUUGAGUUGUGCUGUGAGUUUGUCCAUCUGCAUGCCAUCCUCUAUUUUCUUAGUAACCGUGUCUUGUGUGGGUAUGCGAUUUGUUGACCAGACUUCCGCUAUAGCUCGUCUUGUUGCUAGGGCUAUGCGGGCGGCAAGCUUGUUUUCUGCUCUAGUGUAUUGGUCUACUGGUUUAGAUAGUAGGAGCAUCCAAGGAUCUCUAGGGCAAGGUUUGUUUAGGAGUUUAGAGAUCAGUCGUGUGAUGUCGUGCCACAGUGGCUGGAGCUUUGGGCACGUCCACCAACAGUGGAGGAACGUCCCCGUCUCCCCGCACUGCUUCCAGCAGGAGUUGGAUGGGAUGUGGUGCAUAAUGGCCAGGCGUUGGGGGGUGAGAUACCAUCUAAAUAACAUCUUGUAGGCUUGUUCUGUGUGAGUCACACAGAUGGAUAUGGUAGCCGUUGCCUCCCAUAUGUCUGACCAGUCUGUCACGUCGUCUGGGGACCCAAGGUCUGCUUCCCAUGCCGCAAUGUAUGGGAGAGAUAGUUGUGUGUGGUGGGUAGCUAUGGUUAGAUAUAUGUCGGAGAUUUGUCCUUGUCUGUUGGGGUGCAUUGUGCAGUCUUUUUCGAAGCGGUUAAGCUGGGCCGUGCCGGCUUGUUUUAUGAUUGGGGUCGCUGCGAAACUGCGCAGUUGUAUGUAGCGAAAGUAGUCGAAUGUUGUGAGUGAGGAUGAGUCUUGGAUGUCCGUGAAUUGUAUGAUGUCGUUGUUUUGGUAUAAGUGCCCUAGUCGGGAAAUGUCCCUAUUUUCAAAUUGGGCGAAAUGCUUGGGGGUGAGUCCCGGUGGGAAGAGUUUGUUCCUCCAAAUGGGGGUCAUGGGGAUAGGAACGACGAGAGUUCGAAUUUGUCUCUCAUUUUGUCCCAUGUGUCGAGUGCAUGGGUAAUCGAGGGUGCGGUUGGGGGGGGGUAGGGGUCGAUGUGGCUUGGGUAUCCACAUAUACAAGGACGGGUGGUCCCGGCCAAAAAUGUGUUCCAGAUCUACCCAUCUUUUUUCCCCUGGUGGUACAUGCCAGUGUUGUAUCUGCGAUAGAUGUGCCGCCGUGUGGUAGUGGGUAAAGUGCGGGAGCCCCAGUCCCCCAUGUUUUUUGGGUAUGUAGAGUGUGUUUCGGCGUACUCUGGGUUUGUGUCCAUUCCAGAUGAAUUUGUCUAUGGCUGUUUGUGGUGCCUUAAAGUCUUGUUUAUGGAUCGGUAUGGGGAGGGUUUGAAAUAGAUAUAAGAAUCUGGGUAGGAGAUUCAUUUUGAUUGUGGCGAUGCGCCCCAGCCAUGAGACCCCUAGGGAUUUCCAUUUAGUGAGGUCUGAGUGGGCUUUUUGUAAUAAGGGAGUGUAGUUUGUUUUAUAAAGGGUGGUGAUGUCUGUUGGGAGUUGGAUCCCUAGGUACUGUCAUCGUUGUGUGGCAGAUCCUCAUCGGGCAUAUUUGUUUGAGUGUGGCUAGGUUUGGAGUGUCUAUUUGUAUUGGGAGGAGCUCUGAUUUAUUCAGGUUGAUCUUGUACCUUGACAAGUCUGAGUAUUCUUGGAUAAGAGUUAGGAGCGAGUUUAUAGAUUUUUCUGGGUUUGUCAGUGUUAGCAUGAUGUCAUCCGCGUAGGCCGAGAUUUUAAAGGUUUCUCCCCUGAUCGUUAGCCCCUCUAUGUCAUGGCUGGCACGCACCGCCUGCAGCAAAGGUUCUAGUGAUAUGGCGAACAGUAGGGGGGAUAAAGGGCAUCCCUGUCUCGUGCCGUUUGAGAUGGGGAAUCCUGGUGGGGGGAUGUUAGGUAGCAGAAGUGCCCCUUGGGGAGAGUGAUAGAUGGCAUGUAAGAAUGAGGUAAACUCAGGUGGUAUCCCUAUGUGUGUUAGCGUAUGAUAGAGGAACAGCCAGAGCAAGCGAUCAAACGCUUUUUCCGCGUCCAGUGAGAUGAUCGCUGUAGGGAUUCGUCUGUGGUGAGCCAGCCAUAUGAGAUCUAUGGCUCUCCGGGUGUUGUCCGCAGCUUGCCUAUGUGGGAUGAAUCCCACUUGAUCUGGGUGUAUGAGGGAUCUUAGGUAUGGGUUUAAGUGGUUGGCCAUGAUUUUGGUCAUGAUUUUAAGGUCCAUGUUGAGUAGGGAAAUUGGUCUGUAGUGUGCGGGUACAGAGUGGUCUUUGCCGGGUUUGGGGAGGAGGCAGAUGUUUGCCCCGGUCAUUUCUGGUGGAAGGGUCUCUCCCUUGAGUGCUGAGUUAAAGACCGCGCAUAGAUGUGUAAAGAGCAGUGGGCCGAAUUCUUUGUAAUAUAGGGCUGUGUAGCCGUCCGGUCCUGGGCUUUUAUUUGGUUUGAGGGAUCCCACUGCCAUGGUCACUUCUUCUGUCGUGACGUCUUGGCUCAGGGCUGCUUGGGCCUCUUGCGUCAGGUAGCGUCGUGCCUUGUAAGAAUGUGUCUAUGCGUGAGGACAGCGAUGGGCUGGUGUCAUGGGGUCGGUGGUCAUGUUUAUAGAGGUCUGUGUAAUAGUCCUGGAAGACUUUUCCUAUGCUAGUUGGGCAGCCUGUGAGGGUACCAUCGUUCGCGCGUAUCUUUGUAAUGUGUUUAGCUUCAGUUCGUUUUUUAAGUCUGCGGGCAAGCAUGGUGUCCGCCUUGUUGCCCUUUUCAUAAUAUUUUUGUUUGAGCCACAUCAGAGCUUUGGCUGUGUCUGCUUGUGUGAGGGUGUUACGGCGACCAGAAACCUCCUUAAGUUUGGACAGGGUGGUCGGGUUAGGGUUCUUUUUGUGUUCCGUUUCUAGGCGGCGGAGUUCUGUCAUCGUUUCUAGUAUUUGUCGUUGUGUUUGUUUUUUUUUAUGGGUGGCUAGGUUGAUGAGUGUGCCUCUGAUGACUGCUUUAGGUGCUGUCCAGAGGGUCAUAGGUGAGGUCGUUGUGGGUGAGUUUAAGUCGAAGUAAUCUUUGAUUGCUAUAGCUAUUUUGUCUCUAAUCAGUUGAUCAUGAAGGAGUAUUGGGUUAAGUCGCCAUGACCAGUGUGUGUGUAUGGUCGGUAGGUUUAGAGUGAUUGCUAUCUCGGCAUGGUCGGACCAGGAAAUUGGUCCAAUCUCCGAUUUGGUGAUUUGAGAUAGUAAGUUUGGUGAAAUGAGAAAGUGGUCAAUGCGUGAAUAGGAUCCGUGUGGGUGGGAGUAGAAGGUGUAGUCUUUGGUGGUCGGGUGUUGCGCCCUCCAUAUGUCAAUCAGUUUGUGGGAGGCCAGGAAUUGGGCGAAGAGGGCGUCGUUUUGGUUUGGGCGAGUUCGUGUUUUGGUGCUUGAAGCCCUAUCUAUGGUAGGCAUGUGUACUGCGUUGCAGUCCCCGCCCACUGUAAGUCGUGUGGCUGAGUACGUGUUGAGGUGGGUCGCUAAUUGUUGCCAGAAAGUUGUCUGGUGUUGUGGGCGCGUAGAGCGAUGAAAAGGCGUAUUGUGUUGUGCCAUUUUUUCCCCGUAUUGUGAUGUAUCUACCCUGUGGGUCUUUAGAACAGGUGAUGUCUGUGAGGGGGCUGUUUGCUCUCAAAAGGAUCGCUACACCUUUGGUCUUGGUGUCUGGGGAGGGGGCAUGGAAGCUCUGUGUAUAGUAUCUGUUAGUGAGGGGGAACAUGCGGUUGAUUGUGAAGUGGGUUUCCUGUAUGAAGACUAUGUCAGCUUGUUGUUUGUGUGCCCAGCGUAGAAUGCCAUGCCUCUUGUUGGGGGAGUUCAACCCUUUGGCGUUGAUGGAGAUGCAGCGUAUUUGUGUAGGCAUGGUGUCUGUAGGAGUGUGGCGAUCUCUGAGGGUUUGCAGUGAUGGGUUAUCCUGGAUUGCGCGUCCGGGUGGCAGCGGGCCGCGAGGGGUGGAGGGGAGGGCGGUCGGGGUGAGGGUGUUAGCCUGGGUUAAGGUAGUGGAGGGGAGAUAUGGGGUAGAGUGUGCUGCUGGGCUUAUCCGAGGGCCAGUAGGUUGUGGGGCGAAGCGUCCGACCGCUCCGUGGGUUUCCCCGCGAGUUCGGUUAGGUGUGUGUGUGUCGGGGGUUGGCGACCGUCCGGUCAGGGCCGUCCAGAGGCAGUUCUCAGUAGUCGCCCGCGGUACCGUGUGUGCUGUGGUCAGUCAUCGUUGUGGUGUCGUUGCAUCCGUGAGGUUAGCCCUCUACGUAUCGUGCCGUGUGUUUGCAGGGUUGUACCUUGUGAGCCCGUGGGGCGUUGGUCUGGUCGUUAGUGGGUCUAAUAUUGGUUCGGUGGUGAGGGUGUUCUGUCACCGUCCAGUCGUAAGGUGUCAGCGUGGUGCCGUCUGCUGUAAGUGGCGUCCGUCAGCACGUGAGGUGGUGUGGGGUGUGUCGGUUAGCUGAAAAAUAAUGAGUAACAGUUUUACAUUGAAACACAACAGUUUAACAUCAACUUCAAUUUAGUUAUAUACAUUUCCUCUGCCUUAGUGUCUAGAGGUUCCCGUAUUGCGUGUCUUCCCCUGUGGUGUCUCUCUGUAGGGAUUCCUAGGGGAUCCCUGGGCUGGAAGUUUGAAGGGAUGGGGGGGUUGAUUUGUAGCUGCACUUUCCCGGCCCCUCGGUUACCUGGUGCCAUAUCUUUGCAAGUCGUGUAGGUUAGUGUGAGUCCCUCCCUGUACUGGUCCGUUAAUCUCCUUGGUGGUGCCCCAGUUUGCAUUGGGCCCUAGGGGUUGUAUGUGCUCAGGGUGUGCCUGUCUAAGUCCUUCUAUUUCCCAGGGCGUAUCGCUUAGCCUCUCUAGUGCUUAUGGUGUUGUCACCUGUUUUCUAUGUGGAGGGUGUGCCCGCGUCUCCUGGGUCCCAGUGUGUCUAGUGCGGGAGCAGAGUAUGGUCCCGGGCACCGUUUUAUUGGGUCUCCUGGGAAAGUGUUUGUGCUCAAGGGAGCCCACGGUGUUUUGAGGUGUACUCCUGAAUGGUGUCUAUCAUUGGGCACAUGCCAUGUCCAUUGUUGGGGGGUCGGGGGGGGUACCCCAGCCAUCCCUCCCCACCCAAGGUGUUCCUCCCUGUUGGUAUCUGCACUGUUUUGGUGCUAAGUCGUGGUGUGGCGUCUAGGAUACUUGUGUGGUGGGUGGGUGUGGGGCAACUGUUCCAUUUUGCUCUAUGGGUAGCAUUGGUCUGUACCUACAUAGGCUGGUACCGAGAAGGGUACUAGUGCGUGCCGCCUGCUUUCCUGAGUCUAUAGUUUCUAUCUAUCGAAUGAUACCUAUCGACUAAACAGCGAACAGGAAACAUAAUAUAUAAAGCAAGGAGAAAGUUUGUUAAUUAUAUCUUAUUUGGAGCUUGGAGUUGUCAGCGGUUUAGGCUGUUUCAAGUCCAUUAUUGGGGUGUGGGGUUGCCAGUGUUCUUUAGUGCCGGAGUCAGUCCGGGUUCUGUGUUCGGGUACGCUUUCAGCUGUAGUAACCACAGUCCUCUUGUGAAUGGUCCGUGUUGUUUCUUAUUUCUUGUGUUGGUCAUCUAUUGGUGCGUCGAGUGGUGACUGGUUGUCGGUCCGUUUAGUUGUCGGCCCUAAGGCGUGGGCUAUUCGGUAUCUGGCGUUUCGGGGCUAGCGGUGGUGCAUUUCUGGGCGGAGGGCCUCUGUCGUAUCUUCUGGAAUUCGGGUCUGUGGUGAGAGUUGUGGGAUCCAGGCCAAGGCUCUCUGCGAAAUCCGCCAUUUCCGCGGUGUUGUAUAGGGUGUAGGUGUGGUUGUUCUUCCGGACCUGCAGCUUAAAUGGGUGCCCCCAUGAGUAGCGGAUAUGUUGCCUUGUGAGCUCCUGAGUGAGGGGCCGUAGCUCCCUCCUUUUGCGUAGGGUGCUCGGGGCCAGGUCCUGGUAGAAGGAGAUUUGGUGACCUUCGAUUUGUAAUGGGAUGUUUCGUGCCGCUUGCAUGAGUGCCUCCUUAAUGUGGAAGUAGUGCACUCUUAUAAUGACAUCCCUGGGUUGGGUUGCAUUGGGCAUGGGUGCUCGGAGAGCCCUGUGCGCUCUAUCCAGUAGGAGUUCCGCCGGUGAGGCCUCUGGGAGCAGGCCACAAAAGAGCUCUCGUAGCGUUGGGCCCAGUGCCUCCAUUGUGAUCGUUUCUGGUAUUCCGCGUAUCCUUAUGUUAUUUCGGCGGGACCGGUUAUUCAGGUCCUCUUGUGCCUCCUCCAAUUGGCGGAGCUGUUCUUGUAGGGCGGUUAUGGCAUUUUCAGUUGCUGUUGUGCGUGUAACUGUCCGGUCUAGUUGCUCCUCAAUAGUAGUAGUUCUGUGGGUUAAGUCAAUCAGGCCUUCUCUGAUGGGUGUGAGAUGCCUGUCAAAUUCUGUGGUCAUAUUUGCCUUGAUUUCGCAUAGCAGCUGGCGGAGGUCCUCUUUGGUGAGGGGGGUGGUUGUCGUUGAUCUGCUUAUGUCGCUGGCUGCAGAGUCAGAAUCAUAUUCGCGGCCUCCUUCUUCCUCCCGCGUGGCGCCGCCAUCUUUGUGGCUCCGGAAUAUCGGAGCUACUUCUGCUCCCUGCUUCGAUUUCCGCCCGCCCCCAUCGCUAUUUAGUGGGGUACCUUGGGUAAGAUACGAGGUGGUCGGGUGGGUGUGAGGGAGCCGAUUGCGGGUGCUGAUUAUCGCCGGUUCUGUGCCUCCGUGGACGGAGCUCCCCUAGAAACCCGCCAUUCGCGCCGGAAGUCAGGCCGGCAGCAGUCGGAUUUGAGGGUAGUCCAGCACCCGACAGGGCGGGAAAGCAGCUGACUCCCCCCAUCUGCCAGCCGCACUAGGCUGCACUGCGUCCUCCAUGGCUUGUGUAAGGUAGGCCAGAUUUUAGUAAUAAAUAGAUUGAAUAACUUGGAUAAUCGAAACUUGAGCUGGAUCGUGAAGUGGUCCUUGUUCAAUUUAGAAAAUAGAAAAUAGAAAAUUGGGCAGACUAGAUGGGCCGAAUGGUUCUUAUCUGCCGUCACAUUCUAUGUUUCUAUGUUUCUAUGUUUCUAAUUUUGAAUCCAUGAAUGACGAUUACACUGUAAGGAACAGAAACAAGUUAAAGGUGGUAGAAACGUCCUAGUAAUAUAAAUAGUAGUAACAUGAGAAAUGGAAUCAAUGUAUGUAUACUAUCACAAGAGUACGUAGAAUAUCUGAUCGGUAGGCCCGAGAAGCGGCUGCAACCCGUACCGAGUGAGCCCCAAAACAUGUCUCCACUCCCGCUAGAGAUAAAAGCAAACGUACCCAUCUAGUCCAUGUGGUAGUAGUAACUGGUUUGUAAGGUUUGGUAUAAAAGACCAGAAGUUGGCAUGAUUGUGAAGACCUAAUGGGUGCAGUAACUUCCACAUAACGAAGCAAAAUGUUCACGACGCAGAGACUGGGAACAGCCAGGAAAAACAGGUAUGACAUGGAUUAGGAGUCCUUCUUGGUUCUAUGAGACACCGUAAAGGAAAAGCCAUCUGGGGAUACCGAAAAUCCAUCCACAUGAAACGCUCAAACUUCCGAAAUAGGACGAAAGGACACCAGACAUAAGAGCAACGUGAGUUUGGCUGAUAGUUGCCGGAGUGAGAGAUCAGAGUUAUCCGGUCAAUCUCAAAGGAAGUGAAUGACUAAAUCUACGCCCCACAACCGAUUUAUGCUUCGGAGCCGGGGGUCUGGAUAGUUUGAUACCCCGCAAUAAGUGGCAUAUCAAAGGGUCCUGUCCGAUCGGAGUGCCACUAAGCGGAACCUCUGCAGCCGAGAUAGCUGAACAGAGGGGAAACGAUAGGAGUAGUGGGUGAUCCUGAGCUAUUGCCAACAGGUCCAGGAACCACGCUUGACUCCUCCACAAUGGCGUGAUGAGUAUCAUCGAAGUCAUGGAUACGCGAAGAUGAUGAACCCUCGCCAACAUCGAUAAUGGUGGGAAAGCAUAUGCUCCUAGCGGAGGCCAUGGUUGCAGAAACGCAUCUACUGCCUUGCACUGGGGAUCCGGAAGCCAGUUGUAGUACCUUGACAGUUGUGAGUUCGUCUGUGACGCGAAGAGAUAUGUGUAGUGGUCCCCUGUUCACUCUCACCAUGGCGAAUACCGAUGCGUCUAGGCGCCAGUCACUGCUGUCUCACCAGUGGUGAGGGAAUCAAUCCGCAGUGAGGUUGUUGAUCCCUGGUAGGUAUUCCGCUUGGAUUGUAAUGUUGCAGGGAAGCCAGAAACGGUAAUGGCCCGCGACUGGGCUCCGCCUAAGCGGUUUGUGUAUUGACCCGUUGAGAUAUUGUCCAUGCGUAAGAGUAUGCAACAAUUGGACGUGUUCUUGGCAAGAAGGCGAAGGGGGAUGGUGACUUUCUGGAGUACGAAUCGUUGCUAUCUUCGCGGCAGGAAGGCAUAAGACACAUGUUCUUGAGUCUAUUUCAAAUCCGAGGAAUUUAAUUACUCGGGAUGGAGAUAGUGCCGACUUCUCUCUAUUCAUUAUGAAGCCCAACGAUUCCAGAAACUGCACUAUAAACCUUGUUUGAGAUUGCAGUCUGGAUGCACGUUCGCAGGAUAUCAACAUGUUGUCCAGGUCGAUGAGGCAGCGGAUUCCCUUUGCUCGUCUGUCUGCCAUGACUAGCUUCAGAAACGUUGUGAAGCACCACGGCGCUUGAGCUGCGCCUAAAUGGUAGACAUGCGAAUUGGCAUGGCCGAUCUUCCCAAGUGAAUCGCAGGAAUGGGUGGCUCACAUGUGCUAUGGUGACCAAGCGUCCUUCAAGACCAAGCGCAUGAACCAGUUGUUUUCGAGAAGCCGAUCUCGUAAGAGGUGAAUACCUUCUGUAACGGCUACCCAGGUAGUAAGAGGGUAUCAGCCGUUGGAGACGUCCUUUUCUUUCCAGCAAGUUACUGUAUAGUAAUGGAGUCGCUUAUUCCCAUCCGCUGGAUCCAAGGCAGGAGUCAGGUAGAGCUCUUAAAAGAGCUAAGUGAUUAUGCUGCAUAUUCCCUUUCAAGAACGAGACCAGGCUACUGUAGCGGAGAUACAAUAUACCCCAGAAUAUCUCCGCUUAAGAUCCCAUUGAGGCUCAGGAACAAGUAAAUUAUAAAUCCACAGGCAAGGUUUCCAGCAGGCUAAAUAAUCCAAUAGUAUUCCCACAGCAAUCCCAAUGACUGGACGACACACAGCAUCAGGAGCAGAACUGAAAGCUUUAUUCCACACUGGCCUUUUAAAGCAUGCUCCCAUGCAAGGGAGGGAUUACAUUCAUUAACAUAUUAGCCAAUCCUGUCCUGGUAACCUCCCACCCAUCUCCUCCCCUCAGCCGGCAUCAUAAUCCCCUUAUCCAGUACAGCAAUUCCCCAUAUUUCUGGAUGUACCCCUAAACCUAGGGGUACCACUUUAAAUCAUACAUCCCCUGGUAGCCCUGAUCUGGGUGAACAACGUAUCCAAAAAUCACCCAGAUCAGGGGUUCGGGAAUUUCCUGGAGGGAAUAAAAUGACCGACCGCGCUGGAUGAACUAGCCGAAUUGGGUUCCAUGCGAUUGGGCCCUGCGGUCGGUCCUGGAAAAGGCGAAUGAAGUACCUGAAAGCCUCCAGCUAUAGAGGGUUGGGAUUAUGCCUACCGAACGAGGGGCCGUUCAGUAGUUUGGAACCGAACGGACCGGGCUGAUGGAGGUCUCAGCGGUGUUCGCCUAGUCGAGUGUCCGUUUUGAGUUCCAGACACUCGACGGCAAAACACCGCUGUCCGGGAGUUUAAGAUGGCUGCCGCCACGUGUUCGUUUCCCGAAUGGCCACCCCUGAGAACAAAGGAUUGCUACACAGCUUGUCAGUUACCCGUUCGCAACAAUGUUGCAAUGGGUAAUUGAAGGCACACUUCACACAGUCUGACUGUUCGGUAGUUUCAUUCGAACAAACUAAGGGAAUGAAACUACCUAACAUUCAGACGAAUCCAAUACAUUUUACACAUAGAAUUUAGCUAUUUUACACGAAUGCAUUCCCUUACUGCAUAGACAUUCAGAAAAUAGACGAAUACAUUUUACACUUAAUACAAGUCCCAGGGCAGCUCACAGCCAUCCGCUACAGCUACGUUUUGAAAGGUCAAGAAGAACUGGCUUUUAAUGGUAGGCACUCUCUUUUUAUGUGAUUCUGCCCAUGCAAGGGAGACCCCACAUAAUUAACAAAACAACCUAUAAAACAUAAGGUACAUCCCACACAUCUCCUCCCCUCAGAUAAGCUUAUAACACAAUUAAAAGAGACACAUUUUUCCCCAAGUUUUGGAUGUUCCCCAAAUACUUGGGGUACAUGCAUAAAUCUGGUGUCCCCAGAUAGCCCUAUUCUGGGGGACCAACAUAGUAACAUUUCAGCUUGUUCGGUUCAGGGGUUUGGGAGAUAUGGAGCUUUAACGUUUUGACCGACCGCACUGGCAAAGUUGCCGAAAAUAGUUCCAUGAGUUUUGGCCUUGCGGUCGGUCUUUGUUCGUGUGUAAAAAGUCCCGAAUGGCUUGCCAUCCGUGCGUAACUCGACAUUCGCCAGAAUCCCCAUGGGCUAUUAAGGCAUGUUGUUCGGUAGUUGUAGCACGAUUUCCCGGUGCUAUGGAGGUCUCAGCGGUGUUCGCCUACUCGAGUGUCCGAUUUUAGUUCCAGACACUUGAUGGCAAAACACAGCUGUUCGGGAGUGAAGAUGGCCGCGAACACGUGUAAGUCCCGAAACGGCGGCCACCCAGGCACUUCGCAAAGCGUUCGUGGGUUUUCUAUGCGAAAGUACUUGUGGAUCAGGGAGGUAAUUUACCCAUAAUUAGGGAGCAGGGUGGUCCGGUGUUUGGUAGUUUGUAUUCGUAUGAUGAAUGCUUCAAAUGUCCAGAACUGAUGCAUAGUAAAAUCCCCAUAAAAGCAGGUUAGGCUCUUACAUUUGUUACACCUUCCAUCUUGAAGUGUCGGUACGCUAAGAAGCCAUGGAGUUGGCGUAAGUUGAUGACGAGUCGGUAGUCUCCCAUGUUCUUUUUGACCACAAAGAUAUUGCUGAAAUAACCCGUAUUGUCUGGAGCGAAAUUCCACCGCUAGAGCUCGAAUCUUUGUCUGACCGUUUUGUGGACUUUCGAUGCCCGAAGAGUGGGUGGAUGCCUGAUCUGCACUGGAGUGUCGAUUAACUCUAUUACGUAUCUCUUUAUCGUCUGAAGGACCCAAGCAUCUGUGGAAAUCCUCUCCUGUGAAAAGACAGUCUGCCUGCGGUUAUACGCAACUGAUAAUGAAGGCAGGUAUGCUCACGCUUCGAAACGUCCACGUCCUCUGCUAAGAGCCCUUCUGGAACGAAAAGAUCCCUUUGAAAGGGCAGCUCUUGAGGAUUGGAAGAAAGGUUGCAGUGUUUGAUUUCUGGGGCCUGUGGGCCAGAAGCGGCUGGUGGCUCGACCCCUCUGCCGACCAGCCCUGCCAAAAAAACACUCUGCUCAUUGCAAGGUAGCUGAAAACCUGUUUAAUGGAUGUUUAAGCCUUAUUCAGGGUAGUAAACAAGUUCACGUAUUAAGUUCCGCAAUAAAUGGUUCUCCGAAUAACAGUCCGUUCGCCAGGGGCAAAUUUCCUUCUUGCCUAACUCCAGUAGUUUGGAGUUCAUUUUCAGCAGUGCCGCCUUGCGUCAUUCUGCACAUAUGGCCAUGUUCGUGUUGCCUAGCAUGCAUAUGGCCUGUUGUACCCAUUUUCUCACACCUUUCGUGGGUCUCUGCCCGAACGGGACAAACCUCACCACCGUGGUGUCAAACUCCGGUGUGUGAGCAAUCUUGUCCGGCAGUAUCGGCCGUGGGCAUUCGGCCCGGAGCCGAGGAUGUACUUCCUACUCCAUGGGUUUUGCUAACCACUCUGACAAUCUCCGGUGCCGUAUCAUGCGGGGGUCAAACAUGGGCGUUCCCUGAGUGUCGAGGAAAGCAGUCAGUAUAUCGGACGAUUUGCGAGAACUUCUCGUCAAAAUGACUCUUGGGUCGUUUCUUGGGCGUAGUCCAGGUCUUCCCGUGGUAAAUCCUGCCAUUAGUCAUCCUCUGAUGGAGAUUCCUCCGCUUUCCAUUCGUCCAUAAUCUCGAGGGGAUGGAGUCCUCUUCCUCAGAGGAUGGGCUAUAAGGAGAUGGGUCCCAGCGUUCCGCCUGGUGACUUUGAGUGAGGCCUGGCCCAUGGAGCUGCCCUUCCAGUGUCUUUUAGACGCUGAGGCUUCCACUUUGGAGUUGUCGUGGUCCAUAGCAUCCGCGUCUGUUGAGGUGUCGAGAGUUCUGAACCAGCUUCUUGGUGAUAGCUUUCUCUACUGAGGCUGCCACAGUCGCAUUUAUCAUUGACUGGAAGUCUGGAGAAGGUGGUUGAGGUGAGUUGCUUAUUUUGGGCAGUUGAAUCUUCCCGUCUGUGGAAGACUGAACAGGUUCAGGUAUAGAAGUACAGGUGUUACACAGUGGGCCUCCACGUACAACUGGGGGUCACCCAGUGUUGUCAGUCAAUCAGAACCAUUUGGUUGAGGUAAUGGUAUUAGGUGGUCUGAGGAGGGGGUCAUCCUCUAGAACACUGGGAUGAGCGGUCAAGUGUAAUCGGGUUGUAUCCCGUGUAAGGGGAGGCAUAGAGAGCCUAAAGAUUGACCAAGGGGGUCGCCCUUGUUAUGGUCCAAGACUGUGGAGACGGUAUCACUGUGAGUUCUCCCUCCUAUAUCCCGGUAAGGAGUGUGAAAACGUUAAUGACCAUUACUAAUAAGGAGGGCAGACAGGAGAGAGAGCAGGGGAAUGAAGUAAGAAUAAUCAAGAGUAAACAUAAGAAUAAAUAUAAUGAAGUACAAUCCAACCACAUAGACAAUGUCAGUGAGUUGGGAACAAAAUACUAUGACCUGUGCCUGGCUGGAGCAGCAAAGAAAGAGGAAGUGAUAUGCUUGUCAGGGUUUUAUAUGGAUGUGAUGUAUGUUUCUGAUUGGUUUAAGGUUUCUUGAUUAACUUGUGCUGCUGGAGGCAUAAGUAAAGAAAGUUAUGCAAAAUAGGAAGCCUCCUGUCAUGUAAUAAAAUUAAGUUUUGCUUUAAAAAAAAAAAGCAUUUUUCCUGUGAAAUGGCUUAAGAGAACACUAACAAGACAUAAGGAUAAUCCCUUUAGUAUAUUGGUCCCCAUUUUUUCACUUGUUUUUUUUUGCUCCUCCCCCUCCCUCGUAGGAGGAUGUAUUUGUAGGCUCUCUGUGGUACAGUUAUAAAACCAUUUCUUUACUUGCAUAGAAACUUAGAAUGUGACAGCAGAUAAGAACCAUUCGGCCCAUCUAGUCUUCCCAAUUUCUUAAAUACUUUCAUUAGUCCCUGGCCUUAUCUUAUAUCUAGGAUAGCCUUAUGCAUAUCCCACGCAUCCUUAAACUCAUUUACUGUGUUAACCUCUACCACUUCAGCUGGAGGGCUAUUUCAUGCAUCCACUACCCUCUCAGUAAAGUAAUACUUCCUGAUAUUUUUAAACAUUUACCCCUCUAAUUUAAGACUGUCCUCUUGUUGUGGUAGUUUUUCUUCUUUUAAAUAUAGUCUCCUCCUUUACUGUGUUGAUUCCCUUUAGGUAUUUAAAUGUUUCUAUCCUAUCCCCCCUGUCUCGUCUUUCCUCCAAGCUAUACAUGUUAAGAUCCUUUAACCUUUCCUUGUAAGUUUUAUCCUGCAAUCCAUGAACCAGUUUAGUAGCCCUUCUCUGAACUCUCUCUAAAGUAUCAGUAUCUUUCUGAAGAUACGGUCUCCAGUACUGCAUACAAUACUCCACGUGAGGUCUCAGUGUUCUGUACAAUGGCAUGAGCACUUCCCUCUUUCUACUGCUAAUACUUCUCCCUUUACAAACAAGCAUUCUGCUAGCAUUUCCUGCUGCUCUAUUACAUUGUCUGCCUACCUUUAAAGCGGCACUGUCAUGCCGAACUUACCUUUCUCCAAUCGUUUCUUCUCUCCCUCUGUCAGGAUCUGUUCUUCAUUUCUUCCUGUCUGCUCCAGUUUUCUUAAAAAAUUAAGACAAAGUAGGCACUAUUUCUCUUUUGGAGGUUCCCUACGCCAUGACCAUCUAUGACCAGCGGAGGAGCAAAGUGUGCUUCGUUUCCGGUGGUCAGACACAUUUUCCCACAAUCCUUAGCUAUCCUCCCUGUUCCCGUAAUGCUUCCUGUCAGUAUUGCCGAACGUCCUGUCACUUAGUUCUAGAACUACUGCACCACCCUGAUCUAUUAUUUUAGUUACCCAAUCAAAAAAUCAAUAAGAUUCGUUUUGCAUGAUCUCCCUGAAGUAAACCCAUGUUGUCUCUGAUCUUGAAAUCCAUGUGUUUUUAGAUGUUCAACAGUCCUAUCCUUUAACAAGGUUUCUAUUACUUUCCCCACUACUGAAGUAAGGCUUACUGGCCAAUAGUUGCCUGACUCCUCCCUAUUACCUUUCUAGCGAAUGGGCACAACAUUUGCUAACUUCCAAUCUUCUGGGACUACUCCUGUUAACAAUGACUGGUUAAAUAAAUCUGUUGAUGGUUUUGCUAGUACACCACUAAGCUUUUUUUUUUUAAUAACUUUGUAUUCCAUCAGGUCCCAUUGAUUUAUUUGUCUUUACUUUUGACAGUUGAGAUAGAACCUCUUCCUCUGUAAACUCACAUGUAACAAAUGACGAAUUUGUCCUUUUUCCUUACUGAGGCCCCUUUCCUUCAUUUCCAUCUGUAAAUACUGAACAUAAAUAUUAAUUGAGGCAGUCAGCUAGACCUUUAUCCUCUUCUACAUACCUUCCUUCUUUUGUUUUUAAUCUAACUAAUCCUUGUUUUACUUUCCUUUUCUCAUUUAUGUAUCUAAACGUGUUUUGUCCCCUUUUUUACUGACUGUGCUAUUUUCUUGUGUGUGAGAUUUGGAAGCUCUUAUAACUUGCUUAGCCUCUUUCUGCCUAAACUUAUAGAUCAUUCUGUCUUCCUCACACUGUUUUUUUUUUUAUUAUAAUUACUAAAUGCUAACUUUUUGUUUUUUACUAUUUUGGCCACAUUUGUGGAGUACCACAGUGGUUUCUUGAAUUUUUUGCUUUUACUGACAAGCCUAAUGCAAUUUUCUGUUGCCUUCAGCAGUGCAACUUUUAAAUAAUCCCAUUUCUCUUGGACUCCAUUUAAAUUGCUCCAGUCUAAUAAUGACUCUUUUACACAUAUUCUAAUUUUAGAAAAGUCUGUUUUUCUAAAGUCUAAAACUUUUUUGUUUUUGUGUGAUGUGACUCAGUCACUGUUCUUAUAUUAAACCACACUGACUGAUGAUCACUGGAUCCUAAACUUUCACCUACAGUAAUAUCUGAUACCAAAUCUCAAUUUGUUAACACUAAAUCUAGUAUGGUCUCUUUUACGAGUUGGCUCCUCAAUGACUUGUUUUAUAAACAAUCCCAUUUGGGAGUUUAGAAUGUGUGCUCCUGGAACAAGCAGCUGUUUUGGUUUUCUAAUUCACAUCAGGAAGAUUAAAGUCACCCAUGAUGAUAACUUCCCCCUUCAUUGUCAUUUUAGCUAUUUCCUCAACUAGUAGAUUAUCUAACUCUUCUAUUUGUCCUGGGGGCCUAUAAAUAACACCUACACAAGUUACUGUGUGAUUAUCAAAUUGUAACGUAACCCAAACAGACUCUAUGUUCGCCUCACUAACUUUUAUUAGGCUAGAUUUUAUUCUAUCCUUCACAUACAUGGCCACCCCUCCCCCUUUCUUACUGUUGCUAAAUUUCCUGCAGUGAGUGGACAUUUGUUUUUGUCCACCCCCACCCCUCAGAACCCUCCCCUCCCCCCCCCCACCCCAAACACCCAGAAUUAAAAAAUAUGUACGGACUCUGAUAAAAUGCCUACUUGAGGCACAGCAUAAAACCUAGACUGGAAGUAAUUUGCAUUUACAGCUCUAGCUCUAUGCAUUUAGGAGUGACCUUUCAUUUUGUUUCGAAUCUUUAAAUGAUGGUUUGUUAGGACAUAUGUGAAUGCUAUUAAUACUUAAAUGGUUAAAAUACUGACUGAAGCAAAUAAAAUUGGGUCCCAGCUAACUGGUGUGUUCUCCCCAGGUGUCCAUUUGCUGGAGAUGACAAAGUAACCCAAUUAUUACCUGUUCCUUACCCUCCAAAUCGACAGCGUUUUGCGGUUUAUGCCUUUUCUUUCCUUGGACAUCCAAACAAAACACAGGUUUGAUAACUUUAUUUUUUUUCCCUCUUACUGAUAUACACUGCUCAAAAAAAUAAAGGGAACACUUAAACAACACAAUGUAGCUCCAAUUCAAUCACACUUCUGUGAACUCAAACUGUCCACUUAGGAAGCAACACUGAGUGACAAUCAAUUUCAAAUUAUAGGCAAUUAGCAAGACCCCCCCCAAUAAAGGAGUGGUUCUGCAGGUGGUGACCACAGACCACUUCUCCGUUCUUAUGCUUCCUGGCUGAUGUUUUGGUCUCUUUUGAAUGCUGGCGGUGUUUUCACUCUAGUGGUAGCAUGAGACGGAGUCUACAACCCACACAAGUGGCUCAGGUAGUGCAGCUCAUCCAGGAUGGCACAUCAAUGCGAGCUGUGGAAAGGUUUGCUGUGUCUGUCUGCAUAGUGUCCAGAGCAUGGAGGCGUUACCAGGAGACAGGCCAGUACAUCAGGAGACGUGGAGGAGGCCAUAGGAGGGCAACAACCCAGCAGCAGGACCACUACUUCCGCCUUUGUGCAAGAAGGAACAGGAGGAGCACUGCCAGAGCCCUGCAAAAUGACCUCCAGCAGGCCACAAAUGUGCAUGUGUCUGCUCAAACGUUCAGAAACAGACUCCAUGAGGGUGGUAUGAGGGCCCGACGUCCACAGGUGGGGGUUGUGCUUACAGCCCAACACCGUGCAGGACGUUUGGCAUCAACCAGAGAACACAAAGAUUGGCAGAUUCGCCACUGACGCCCUGUGCUAUUCACAGAUGAAAGCAGGUUUACACUGAGCACAUGUGACAGACGUGACAGUAUGGAGACGUUGUGGAGAACGUUCUGCUGCCUGCAACAACCUCCAGCAUGACUGAUUUGGCAGUGGGUCCGUAAUGGUGUGGGGUGGCAUUUCUUUGGGGGGCCGCACAGCCCUCCAUGUGCUUGCCAGAGGUAGCCUGACUGCCAUUAGGUACAGAGAUAAGAUCCUCAGACCCCUUGUGAGACCAUAUGCUGGUGUGGUUGGCCCUGGGUUCCUCCUAAUACAAGACAAUGCUAGACCUCGUGGCUGGAGUGUGUCAGCAGUUCCUGCAAGACAAAGGCAUUGAUGCUAUGGACUGGCCAGCCUGUUCCCCAGACCUGAAUCCAAUUGAGCACAUCUAGGACAUCAUGUCUCGCUCCAUCCACCAUCACGUUGCACCACAGACUGUCUAGGAAUUGGCAGAUGCUUUAGUCCAGGUCUGGGAGGAGAUCCCUCAGGAGACCAUCCUCCACCUCAUCAGGAGCUUGCACAGGCAUUGUAGGGAGGUCAUACAGGCACGUGGAGGCCACACAUACUACUGAGACUCAUUUUGACUUGUUUUAAGGACAUUACAUCCAAGUUGGAUCAGCCUGUAGUGUGUUUUUCCACUUUAAUUUUGAGUGUGACUCCAAAUCCAAACCUCCGUGGGUUGAAAAAUUUGAUUUCCAUUUUAAAAUUUUUGUGUGAUUUUUGUUUUCAGCACAUUCAACUAUGUAAAGAACUAAGUAUUUCAGAAGAAUAUUUAAUUCAUUCAGAUCUAGGAUGUGUUAUUUUUGUGUUCCCUUUAUUUUUUUGAGCAGUGUAUUUUCUGGCUCUAAACUUACAGGGACACUGUAGAUACCAAGUCGACUUUGGUCUCGUGACUGUGCCCCUAACAUUUUAGCUUCUCAAUGUAAAAUAUUGCUAGUUGUAGAUUUGGCAACAUUUCCAUUGCAGAGCAGGUGGGUGUACCUUAGGGCGCACCGCACAAGGGAAUUCUAUGUUCCGGUAAACAGGAGGGUAGUGCACAGCAUUCACCUUCCACCAAUUACUUCAUGUACCAGACAGCCACUAGAGGGACUUCCAGGUUGUAAGGGCCACUUGUGGUUGCCUAACUGAUGCUGGGCGUCCUCACGCUAUGAAUGAGUAUUUCCAGCGUCACCCAAAUCCCCAUAGGAAAGCAUUGUAAAAGCCAUUGCCAUGCAUGAGCAUUAGGUCUCCCCCACCGGCUGACGUCAGCAGUGGAUGAGCGGGGGUGGGCCCGAGCCAGUGUCUGGACUGAAGUAAAUGGCAGAAGGUGUUUUUAACCCUUUCUGCACCACAGGGAGAGAGGGGAGCUGUAGUGCCAGCAUGCAACUUUGACUCCCUUUAAGAGACACGUGAAGAUGCCCUGGUCACUAGAGGGCUUCUGCUCUGAGAACAGUGCAACCGUUAUCCCACAUCACCUUUUCUGAAUGCUAUUAGGAGAGCAUUCGAUUGGAGGAGUGCAUCACUUUCCAUGAAUGUUCUUCUUGUCUCCAGUGUUCCUCCUUGAGGAUUGUUGGAUUAGACGAGAAGAUGAAGUGAUGCCUGCUGGAGGAUGAUAAAGCAGGAGUGGGAGACUGCAGCGAGUGAGUCUCUGUGCUGGGAAAUUUAGGGGGCUCUGAAUCACAAACAUGUGUUGCUUUAAUAAUGAAGAAUGAGAUGCAAGUAACUACACCCCCACACACAAUUAUUUAAAUAUGCAGUUGACCGUGUAUCUUUUCUCUCUCUCCACUAGGUGUAUUUUUUCUGCAGUGUCUCUGUCUGCUUGCCUUCCUUUUCGAAUCCCUGCCACUCAAACUGUAACACUCUAUCGCGCAGUAAGUACUUUUAUUUUAUACUGAAUUUUUUUCAUCACCCUCCCCCCAUGCCAUUAUAUUUAUAUUGGCAUUUUCGCCUAGGUCAGCGUUCUCAAUCUGAUGUUUCAUUGCACCUGGUAAACUCCCCUGGUCCCUUAAUCAUCCAGCAAGAGACCAGAAAGUACAGUGCAAACAACAAAUCCCGGCUGUCUAUAAAUAUAUUUCUUGUGUUCUUCUAUUCAGCUGUUUUAUAUCUAGUGUCCCAUGCUUGA